AUGACUAGCCGCUCAAGCUCCGCUUCUGGCCUGCGCGCCUCCUCCCAGCCGCGCGGAGGUACGCUGACGCGCCGCGUGUCCGCCCUCUCCAACGCCGAGGAGGGUGUCGACCACGAGCGCACCACUGCCGACCACGCCAUCCACGAGGAGAUCGCCGAGAUCAAACGCUACGAGGACUUUACAACAAUCGAUUGGGUGCAGGAUGCUGCGCGCGAGCAGCUGCGCCGCAAGGCCCGCCGGCAAGAGAAGCAAGGCUUCUUUGAGCGCGGCCGCGGUCCAACCUGGCGCCGCAAGCUGUACGAUGCCUACGACGCCGGGCAGGCCUGGAUUGUCGUCAGUCUGGUCGGCAUUGCCAUUGGCUUGAAUGCGGCCUUCUUGAAUAUCAUUACCGAGUGGUUGUCCGACAUCAAGCUGGGCUACUGCACCACCGCCUUCUACCUGAACGAGCAGUUUUGCUGUUGGGGCGCCGAGAACGGCUGCAAAGAGUGGCACCGUUGGAGCAACUUCUGGCCCGUCAAUUACGUCCUGUACAUUGUCUUUUCCACCGCCUUCGCUUUCGUUGCCGGAAGACUCGUCAAGUCGUUCGCUCCCUAUGCUGCUGGCUCGGGAAUCUCAGAGAUCAAGUGUAUUGUGGCUGGCUUUGUCAUGAAGGGGUUUCUGGGAUUCAAGACCCUGGCUAUCAAGUCCAUUACUCUCCCUCUUGCAAUUGCCUCAGGCCUGUCCGUCGGCAAGGAGGGCCCUAGUGUUCACUAUGCCGUCUGCACAGGAAACGUCGUCUCUCGCAUGUUCAACAAAUACAAGCGCAAUGCCUCCAAAACACGCGAAAUCCUGACAGCCAGCGCUGCCGCCGGUGUCGGAGUUGCGUUUGGUAGUCCGAUCGGCGGCGUGUUGUUCUCCCUUGAGGAAAUUGCAAACCAUUUCCCUCUGAAGACAAUGUGGCGAAGCUAUUUCUGUGCCUUGGUUGCAACUGCGGUGCUAGCUGCCAUGAAUCCCUUCAGAACCGGCCAGUUGGUCAUGUUCCAAGUCAAGUACGAUCGCGACUGGCACUUUUUCGAGGUUAUCUUCUACAUCCUUCUCGGCAUCUUCGGUGGUCUCUACGGCGCCUUUGUUAUCAAGUGGAACCUGCGAGUCCAAGCCUUCCGCAAAAAGUAUCUUGCGCAGUAUCCAAUCUGGGAGGCUACGAUACUGGCUCUAGUCACAGCCAUCAUUUGCUAUCCGAACAUGUUUCUGCGGAUAGACAUGACUGAGAGCAUGGAGAUUCUCUUCCGAGAGUGUGAGGGAGCGCAUGACUAUGACGAGAUUUGCGAACGCAAGCAUCGAUGGCAUCUUGUCUUUACACUAGGUGCUGCGACUGUCAUUCGGACGUUUUUGGUCAUCGUUUCAUACGGCUGCAAAGUUCCUGCAGGCAUUUUUGUCCCAUCUAUGGCUAUUGGCGCCUCGUUUGGCAGGAUGGUUGGGGUUCUUGUGCAGGCCUUGUACGACGCUUUCCCCGACUCAGGCUUCUUCGCUGCAUGCGACCCAGAUGGUCCAUGCAUCACGCCCGGUACAUACGCGUUUCUGGGAGCUGCGGCUGCGCUCAGUGGAAUCAUGCACAUAACCGUCUCGGUUGUUGUCAUCAUGUUUGAGCUUACCGGAGCUCUGACCUACAUCCUCCCGACAAUGAUCGUCGUGGGCGUCACGAAAGCGGUCAGUGAACGCUUUGGAAAGGGAGGUAUUGCCGACCGCGCUAUCUGGGCGAACGGAUUCCCAUUCCUCGAUAACAAAGAGGAACACACAUUUGGAGUGCCCGUGUCCCAGGUCAUGACAAGCAAUCCCAUCACUUUGCCGGCGUCGGGAUUGCAAUUACGUGAGGUAGAGAAGAUUCUCGCCAACAACGAUUUCUCCGGAUACCCGAUUGUUGAAGACAGGACAUCCAAAACACUGCUCGGGUACAUCGGUCGCAUCGAGCUUCGCUAUGCCAUUGACCGGGCUCGACGACUGCAGUCAUUGCCGUCAUCUGCGAAAUGCUAUUUCACACCAGGGUCAAUGGGAGUCCAAACACCCAGCAACCUUGCACCGGCCAUCUCGUUCGACACAAUGGCAACAACUUCGGCUCAGAUGACGAUUGACAUGAGUCGCUUCGUCGACCCAACUCCGCUUUCCGUGCAUCCCAGACUGCCGCUAGAGACUGUCAUGGAGCUUUUCAAGAAGAUGGGCCCACGAGUCAUUCUCGUCGAGUAUCGCGGCCGUCUUAGUGGACUCAUUACGGUCAAGGACUGCUUGAAGUACCAAUUCAAGGUUGAGGCACAGGAGAAUCCGCGCGACGAGAGCGCGAUGGAGGAGCGCGGUGAGAAACUCUGGACAGCGAUCAGAGGAGUGGCCGAGUUCAUUGGCAUGAAGAUAGGGUUGGGGCUCAGCCCCAGAGUCCCGCAAGGUCACUCAGAGCGAGAGAGGGCGGGACAAGAGGAUAGAGACGACCAAGGAUUGGAACUGCAGGACAGGUAG